GUAAUAGCUCGACGAGUCGGUGUAAACUUCCGACCGGAAAUACGUAUGUCACGUGACUUGCGGCAAUUUCGUUAGUGGUGACGUGCCAUGGCGGAGAUCGGUCGGUUUGUAUUGCUUCUCCUACCACUUUUUGCACUAAUUGGUGCAGAAAUCGUCGUCAAAGACAACAAAAUAGCGAAAUGUAGAGUCGAAAGUUGCGGAGGAUGACGACUGAAUAGAAUUCCUGAAGUGAAGAAAUUCAUCUAUCAGGACAUUCCUCUGUAUCAUAAUGUAGAAUUCAAGCAAGUUGCCGGAGCACCCCCUGAAAUGAUUUUCUUGAACAUAAAGGGAGAGGAAAUAGAGCGCAUCGGUCUCAGUGAAAAGACGCGUGAAGAUUGCAACUCUAUUCUUCUAGACAAGAAAUUCUACAAGAAGUCAGAGGAGAAGGAAGAAGUUCCCGAGGAAUUCAAAAAUGCACCCUAUUCCCGAAUCGAGGACGAACUGUAGCCGUCGUUUCGCAACCAUUCAACUCAUCACCAUUUUAUCUUUUGGGGUUCUAUUUCACACUGUUCUUCCGCAAUUUUCGGGUAUCCAAAAAUUGACCAAACUGAUGGGUGACAAAAGUUAUUGUAUAGAGUGACAAUGAAACCGCAUGCCGAAAAUCAUUGGCACGUGGCGGAUGACAGAUUCUGUUAUACAAUAAAAUUUGUUCCAUUAACUAA